UCUCUCUCUCUCUCUACCUCCCCUGUUUUGUUCUCUCGGUUCCCAGAAUUGUGCAUAUAAAACUACAACUCAUCUGCAAGUACAGCAGCGAGCAAUUCCCAAUCUCGCUUAUCCAUCUCUCUCUCGGAUUCCUUCCUCCGAUCAUCCAAUCACAAUUUACAGCAUAGAUCGAUGAGCAAGAGGAAGAUUCCGAGCAGCAACAACUAUUUUCCGGCCGCCUCUGGUUCCGCUCCGGAUCUCAAUCUAGACAUCCUCCUCCACCCCAACACGACGCCGCCGUACCUCGCCGCGGCGGCGAAGAAGCUCCGGUCAUCAUCCGAUUCGCCUGCGCAAUCGACGACGAUGGACGCUCGGGUCCCAGAUCGCGAUUUCCCCGACGACGACGGCAACGAUUCCGAUUCCUCCUCCGACAUAAUCAACACCGAGAUAGAACCCUUUCCCCGCUCUCUCAACAGCAUCCCCGCCGCUUCCUCCGCAUUCGCCUUCGACAUUUUGAGGAAGGAGGGUAGUAUCCCGACCACCCACCAGCUCUUCCCGGAGAGCGCGGGGCCGGAGCUCAACACGCCGCCGCCGGCGGCGGAUCAUUGGCUGAAGCUGUCGGAAGCGGAGGCCUCGCCGCCGGCGCCGCCGAAGCAAGCGGUGCAGCCAAGGAAGAGCCGGCGCGGGCCGAGGUCGAGGAGCUCGCAGUACCGAGGGGUCACUUUUUACCGGCGAACCGGCCGGUGGGAGUCUCAUAUCUGGGACUGUGGGAAGCAAGUGUAUUUAGGUGGUUUCGACACUGCCCAUGCUGCAGCCAGGGCUUAUGAUCGGGCGGCGAUCAAGUUCCGGGGAGUGGAUGCCGAUAUCAACUUUACUUUGACCGAUUACGACGAGGACAUGAAGGCGUUAAAGGAUUUGGGGAAAGAGGAAUUCGUGCAGGUUCUCCGGCGGCAGACCACGGGAUUCUCACGGGGAAACUCGAAAUACAGAGGCGGCGCCACCGUUCAGAAGUCCGUCGGCCAAUGGGAAGCCCGAAUGGCCCAGCUCCUUGCCAAUAAAGCUUACGACGAUAAGACGACCAUUGGUUACAGUGGCACCGCAACCCCGGCAAAUAUCCAGCCACGAGAACUCGACACCAACACUUCCGGACGCCGCGAGGACGAUCUCGAUCUAAGGUUGGGAAUAUCAUCAUCAUCAUCACCAAACUCAACGGCACCCAAUGGGAAAAAGGUCGACAAAGCUACCACUAGCAGCAGCAGCAGAGCAGCAGGACCUUUCGGUUUCCAGCCACUUCACGGGCUGGCAAUUAACAUCGCCUCCAACACCCUCCAAACUUGGCCGCCGCCGCCGUCUCCGUCGCCGUCCACCUUUGACCCGGAAAUAAAGGGCAGCUGGGCGCAUCACAAUCAAUUGACCGGCGUUGUUGUUAAUAGCGACGGCGUCCCCAAGUGGCCGGCCUCAACCUCGCAGCAAGUUGCAGCAGCAUCAUCAGGAUUCUUGUCAUCUUCGUCUAGUAAUACUAAUAAUGUGAAUAGACCGAGCGCGUAUAUGGCCGGCGGCGGCGGCUCUUCUUCCUCGUCGUCGCCGAACGUCGGUCACUUCUUCCAACCCAGCAGCAACCAGUAUUGGUACUCACACAAGCGGGAGCAAUAGCAGUGAUAACUAUCACAAAGUUUUCACAUCCCUUAGCUUGUUUGUUUGUUUGAUUUCUGGGCUAAUUCGUGAAAUGUAUUCAAUUCAGCGCUGGAUGGAUAUAUGUGUUCUUGUAUACAUUGUUAACUGGAAUUAUUUGUAAAGCUACUCAGUGUAUCGCUUGCUCUAUGAUCUACAAGGGAAAUGGAAAUGAAAUAUUCGCGGUGUUCAUAUAUUAUGCACAUAUUCAGUUUGUUAGCUACAGUGCAACAUUGAUUUAAGAAGUACUACU